CUUCUCUUUGGUUCGCUGCCAGCGUCAAUCAAUCGAGGUGGUGGAACGGCCUCUUUGGUGGUUAUUCCGGCUUGGUCCUGGAGGCACUGAGGAACGGAGUGUCAGCUGACUCGGGCUUGUGUUGGCUGAAUCGUGCUACGUUAAAUCAUGCCUACAACUCAACAGUCACCUCAGGAUGAGCAGGAAAAGCUUCUUGAUGAAGCAGUUCAGACUGUUAAGGUCCAGUCUUUCCAGAUGAAGCGAUGCUUGGACAAGAAUAAAUUGAUGGAUGCAUUAAAACAUGCUUCAAAUAUGCUUGGUGAAUUACGAACUUCGAUGCUGUCACCAAAGAGUUACUAUGAGCUCUACAUGGCCAUUUCAGACGAAUUGCAUUAUUUGGAAGUUUAUCUGACUGAUGAGUUUGCCAAAGGAAGAAAGGUGGCUGAUCUGUAUGAACUUGUUCAGUAUGCGGGCAAUAUAAUUCCAAGGCUCUACCUGCUCAUCACUGUUGGAGUUGUCUACAUUAAGUCGUUUUCCCAGUCCAGGAAGGAUAUUCUCAAGGAUCUGGUGGAGAUGUGUCGUGGGGUGCAGCAUCCAUUGCGCGGGCUGUUCCUUCGGAACUACCUACUUCAGUGCACUAGAAAUAUUUUGCCAGAUGAAGGAGAGGAGUCAGAGGAAGUUGUAACUGGAGAUAUCAAUGACUCCAUGGACUUCGUGCUGCUGAACUUCGCAGAAAUGAAUAAACUCUGGGUGCGCAUGCAACACCAGGGUCACAGUAGAGACCGUGAAAAACGUGAACGUGAACGUCAGGAGCUACGAAUCCUAGUUGGUACGAACUUAGUCCGGCUUAGUCAGUUGGAAGGAGUAAAUGUGGAGAGGUACAAACAGAUUGUGUUAACUGGAAUAUUGGAGCAAGUUGUAAACUGCAGGGAUGGCUUGGCUCAGGAGUAUCUUAUGGAAUGUAUUAUUCAGGUGUUCCCUGAUGAGUUUCAUCUGCAGACGCUGAAUCCAUUCCUUCGCUCUUGUGCAGAGCUCCAUCAAAGUGUUAAUGUCAAAAACAUAAUCAUUGCAUUAAUUGAUCGGUUGGCUUUAUUUGCACAUCGUGAAGAUGGCCCUGGAAUCCCUGCUGAUAUAAAACUCUUUGAUAUCUUUUCUCAACAAGUAGCUACAGUUAUACAGUCAAGACAAGAUAUGCCAUCUGAAGAUGUGGUAUCUUUGCAAGUAUCUCUUAUCAAUCUGGCCAUGAAAUGCUACCCUGAAAGGGUGGACUAUGUUGAUAAAGUUCUUGAAACAACUGUAGAGAUCUUCAACAAGCUUAAUCUCGAACAUAUCGCAACUAGCAGUGCAGUUUCUAAAGAGUUAACUCGGCUUUUAAAGAUUCCCAUUGACACUUACAACAACAUCCUGACUGUAUUGAAAUUGAAACACUUCCAUCCUUUGUUUGAAUACUUUGACUACGAGUCACGCAAAAAUAUGAGCUGUUAUAUACUAAGCAAUGCGCUUGAGUACAAUACUGAAAUAAUUGGACAAGAGCAGGUUGAUGCAAUACUGAACCUGGUGUCAACAUUGAUUCAGGAUCAACCAGAUCAGCCAGCAGAAGAUCCUGACCCAGAAGAUUUUGCUGAAGAGCAAAGUCUUGUUGGUAGAUUUAUUCAUUUAUUUCAAUCUGAAGAUCCUGACCAACAGUAUCUGAUCUUAAACACUGCCAGAAAACACUUUGGUGCUGGGGGGAAUCAAAGGAUUCGUUUCACUUUGCCACCAUUGGUUUUUUCUGCCUACCAGCUGGCCUUCUGCUACAAAGAAAAUUCAAAAGUGGACGAAAAAUGGGAAAAGAAAUGCCAGAAGAUAUUUUCUUUUGCCCACCAGACUAUCAGUGCCCUAAUUAAAGCAGAACUUGCAGAGUUGCCUCUCCGUCUGUUUCUUCAGGGAGCACUUGCAGCUGGGGAUAUUGGAUUUGAGAACCAUGAAACUGUGGCUUAUGAGUUUAUGUCACAGGCAUUCUCUCUGUAUGAAGAUGAAAUCAGUGAUUCCAAGGCACAGCUAGCAGCCAUUACAUUGAUAAUUGGGACAUUUGAGCGCAUGAAAUGCUUCAGUGAAGAGAACCACGAGCCUUUGAGGACACAAUGUGCACUAGCUGCUUCAAAGUUGCUUAAGAAGCCAGAUCAGUGUCGUGCUGUUAGCAUCUGUGCUCAUUUAUUUUGGUCUGGGCGGAAUACUGAUAAGAAUGGAGAGGAGAUUCAUGACGGCAAGAGAGUGAUGGAAUGCCUUAAAAAGGCUUUGAAAAUAGCCAACCAGUGCAUGGAUCCGUCACUACAAGUACAGCUCUUCACUGAAAUUCUUAAUCGAUACAUAUACUUUUAUGAAAAAGAAAAUGAGGCGGUGACUAUUCAAGUUUUAAAUCAGCUUAUUCAAAAAAUAAGGGAAGAUCUCCCAAACUUGGAAUCCAGUGAAGAAACUGAGCAAAUUAACAAACAUUUUCACAACACACUGGAGCAUCUGCGUCUGAGGAGAGAAUCACCUGAAGCUGAUGGACCAAUUUAUGAAGGUCUUGUCUUGUAGCUCAGCACCACACAAGUUAUAAAGAUUCCAGAAAACAAAAUCCCUAUUACAUCUCCUUUUCUGUAGUGGAUGGUUAUAGAAUGUGCCUUUUAGACAUGCCAAGACAAUAGGAAUGCCAUUGAAAUGUAUUAUAAAUAAAAUAUCCUAUCUAUUGACCAGUACUACUUUCAAGGAAGACUUUCCUUUGAUUUAAGCCAGUGAUAUUAAAAAACUUAAUGUCAUUUAAGAGAGAUUGUUUGUCUUAUCUUCCACAGUAUGACUUGUAUUUACCUUAAUGUACACAGUUCGAUUUGAGCAGAAAGUGAUCACACUAAUCUGUUUUAUAAACUAAAUUGUCUUUCAGUCUUAUGUAAAAUCCCUAUAUCUGAUUUGAAAAUUAGCUGUUUCAGCAAACCUCUAGCAAUUCACCACAUUUUGUUCGAGCCAAUUAAUUUGAAAGCCAGUAUUUUAUUUCAGCUGCGUAUUUGCUCAUGAAAUCUUUUCUGUUGAAGAUGGAAGUUACAAAAUAUCCUGUUGGAUAGAACAGUAAUUGUUUCAAGGAAGUGAGUAUGCAGAUUAGAUCAUAUAGGAGUAGGCUAACAGGUCCAAUUACCUCAUAUGCUAUAACCAUCUGAUUUUAUAAUUGACAAAUUUCAGUUAAUUAUAAAGCUAGAAAUUACAUGGGCACAGUUAACACGCAAAGGUUACUAUUUAAAUUUGUAUUUAGUACGUUAGAAGCAAACUUUCUAUGUUGUUAAUUGGACUCAAUCGUUCAUAAUAUUUAAAUUCUCUUGGGAAUCCAGAAAUCGCUGACUGUACCACACUAAGCUAAAAUGAUAAAAAUUAACCCUCAUUGGAUAUGCUGUUAAAAGAUUUGUAACAUUUUACCUACUUUACAAAAUGUAUUGUAAUAUGUGAAACAAAUUAGCCAAUCGAGAUUAGUGUACUGUAGCUCAGGACAAAGUUCUGAAACUGGCAUUAAAUUAACUUGAUCUUUUUACUUGCAAAAUUAGCUAAAGUUUGCCUCAUUCUGUUAAUUAAGAACAGUUCAAGUAUUUUGCCUCAACUUUUUACUGGACACAAAUAUGUAUGAUAUCUAAAACAGAAUUUGGUGAACCUUUCACAGCUUUUUAUUAUCCAAGAAACCAAGUUAAUUUUAAAGUAGUAUUAAAAUUUAAGAACGUGCAAGUUCACACUGAACUUUCAACUUGCAAAUUUUCAAGUUUGGUUUAUUUUGUCAUGCACAGAAUAUUGUAAAAGCUAAUUAACUGGUGCAAAAUCCCCAAAUUCUACAAAUUCUUCCCAGUGUGUAAGUGUACAGAUCAAGAAUAUGAAUGGUUUGUUCGGUUACUUCCUUACAUGACCAAUUGUCAAAAUUCUGCUGUUUAACUGAGGCAUGGAAGAUUAAGGAAAUGAAAGUAAGACCAUGUGUCCUGAUUUAAGUAACUAUCUAUUAUCUCUGCUGGAAGCGCAUCUCUUUGGACUUGAGUGCAAGGAAUUUGAUGCUUCUGUAGCCAGAUAACAACUUAAGUUCACCAUGGAUGCCCGCACACAAUCAUUGCACGCUUGGGUGGGUUACUGGAAGAUGACUUGACUAAUUUGAUCAUAACUUAAAAGCUGUUUACUCUUUAGAGUUGAGAAAACAGGGAAGGGAAGUACCAUGAAGUGUACCCUUUCUUUAACAUGUAAUUGGAAAACAUCAACGUGGCAAAAUAUUUACAGUAUAGCUGCUGUUUUGACUAACUUUUUUAAAUAUGCAUGCAGCUGAAUAGAAAUUCAUUUCUAUCUUUCUUGAGCAUCCUCCUGAAAGAAAAUGUGGUUGAACUUUGCAAUAGUCGAGAGCUAUGCGAAUCUUCUCCUUCUCCAUUCUGAAGGAUUGAUUGGGGGAAAAAGUGUUAAUCCAUUUGUAACAAGUCCAGCUUUCGUAUGGAUUGUCAAAUUAUAGAGGUUGUCUUUCAAGCUAUGCAUUACACUAACAGAUGUGAGGUUCUUUGUGGUGAUUUUUUUUUUUAAUUGCAGCCAUUUUACAUAGUGUCCUUAAUUCCAGUAAAUCUGUUUAAUGCACCUCCUGUGUGACAAUUCAUAACCCAGCUAUUUGCUGGCUUUUCUAAUCUGUUUGCCACCUAAAAGAGAGAAGGAAGUUCUGCUUUGUCAUAAUUAUUUUGACAAAAUAGCAAAUGGCAUAUCACUAAAGGGAGAAAAUCUGUAGCUUGAGAUUCCAAAAACAACAAUUAAUAUACCCUAGUGUGUUAAAUCAACCUUUCUAGGACAAGUGGUGAAUUGACCAGUUUCUACACUCCUGGAUUAACAACAUGCAUUGUUUAGCAUUUUGUACCUAUCUUUUUCUCUGAAGGUGUAUUUUUUCCCAUAGCCAAUUCAAGUUGCUCAUUGAGAACCAUUUGUAAAAUUGGAAGCUAGACUCUCAAAUUAAAGCAAUGCAUAGGUUUGACCUGAAGAACAUUUUUUUUGUUUAAAGCUUUCUAAUUGUCUGACUGUCUACAAAUGGCACACUUUUGGAAUGUGCAUUGUACUGUACAUCAGUCAAGCAGAUGAGCUAGGUGAGAGACUUCUUGCACAUCUUAAAGGUAGAGAAGUCUUGAUUAGCAGGAUGAUGAGAAUUGUCCAACAUUAAUUCACUGAAAGCAGUGUAUCUUAUGCCCUAAUUGUUUUACGUUUGUCAGUCAUUUUCCUUAAUCUGUGAAAACUGUUGCAUUGUUCAUUUUAGGUAUUGAUAUUGCUUCUCUAGAAUGCUUACUUCUCAUUAUGCUGUAGGUGUAGCAGUAAUGUUGAAUUCUAUAGUAGUUGUAAAGAUCAUUCCUAAAAGUAGGCACAUAACAUACUUCAUGUAAAAUCUUGAGCUGCUAAGUUGAUAAAAGGGUGGUGUUUGCUGUAUUCAGAGGUUUAUGAUGUAUUUGUACACAUGUAUCCUUGCAACCAAGCAUGUAUUCAUUUCCCAAUUUGAGAAAUGAAGUAUACUUUUUGAAAUCACUGUAACAUACUUGUAAGCUUUAUAAUUCCUUUGUAAAUUAACUGGAGUAUUAUGGUCAAUGUAUUCAACAAGAAACCUAUUAAAAUGCUUGACCAAG